AUGCUCUUCUUAACAGAACCACUAACAUGCACAGAAGAUGGGGAAGAACAGCCUCAUCCCGACCCGACAUGUUCAGAUACAGAAGAACAUUAUUCAUGCCAGAAACGUCGACCACUUAAGACAUGUAAAUGCGAUGACGAUUGCGUUCUCUUUGAGGAUUGUUGCCAUGAUGCGCCAGGGUAUUCUGACCAAGUUCCAGUCGAGAACCUUCUCAUAGAGAAAUUCCUACCCUACAUGAAGUGUGAGUCCAUACUGGUAGAAUGGUUUUUAUCUUCAGGAAACAGUACAAGUCUCGAGUAUUAUAACUUCAUUAGUAGCUGCCCUGACUACGUUCCACGUGAGAGCAUUGUUCGCCUUUAUUGUGAAGAGUAUCAAACGGCAGCAGAUGUAUUCCACACUCCGAUGAUGGUGGAAAGCAUCGGACAUUUCAAGAAUAUUUACUGCGCCAUGUGCCACGGGGUGGACUUGUCCAACAUCAAGGAAUGGAAAGGAAAAUGGCGAUGUGAUGAUGAUUUAACUUAUGACGUUCAAUCGUCUCAGCUUGAUGACCUGGACUACACAGAAGAAAAUUUAAUCAAACGAGGAACAUGUUCUCGAGCUCUUGAAGAACCGGAAGACAGACCUGAACACCUAGCUCCCAGGACAUGUACGUUCAAUAUCAGCGUUACCACGUGUCCAAUGCCAUAUCCAGAACAACCAGAUACCGAAAUUACAUGCCCUUCUUAUCUAGCACCUGUGAAGCACAAUGGGACAAUAUACAAGAAUUUGGCUUGCGCGAAAUGCAAUGGUAUAGAUGUCUGUAAUAAAUAUGUCAAAUUGUGCGAAUCGAUGAGGCCAGGAGUAAGGAUAUCACGACGAUAUUUUCCUUCGCUAGCGGAAUACUUUUCUUUCAGUCCUGAUACAUCCACUACUCUUUCUUGUGCCCUCAACGAGGCCUUUGAUCCACUGACAAGGAUUUGUCAGGUCGUGUAUUGCCUGUCCGGAUUUGUCUAUAACGAUACGACAGGAACUUGCGAGCGCCUUCCUGUUGACGAAGUAGGAGGUGUGUGUCUGUCCUUCGAGUCUCAGUCAAAUAGAGAGACGGAGGUGAACGUUACUUCUAAUGAUUUGAAGAACCUCGUAGACGCAAUGAACUCUUUGUUAAUGGGAUCGCCGUACGACUUGCUGACGGAUUUUGACGUGUUAGACCUGCUUCAUGUGUCUUGUAAUCGAUCCGAAAUACAGUCUUACGAUCAGGAAGGCUGUUUUGAAUCGAACGGGACAAUCUCAACGAGAGCAUGUCAGGCUUGCUUUGAAAUAGCUCUUAAUUUUUCUGCCUUGAUUGAAUCUAAUAUCAGCGCCGUUUUUAAUGCUUCUUCUUGGAUUGAUGACGCAGCGUGCUAUUUUACACCUUCCUUUGGGAACGUCUCCGUGACAGAGAUAGAAAUAAAUGUUCCUGCUGAUUGGACUUGCGCCUCGUAUUCUAGUUUCUUUAAAGGGAAGACCAAUGAAACUCUGCUACCUCCAUUUAGGUUGGAGAUCACCAGAGAGGCAGGGGCAUAUGAGGUGACCUCAAUAAAAGGAGAAUAUAUUUGCCGUAAUAUUUCUCUGCAAACCUGCAAAGAUUACUUCAUGGCUGAUCCGGGACAAUUCGAAUAUACUGACGACUCUGAAGAUUCCAUACGUUUGCAAACUGACAACAGAAUAAUUGAGAACGGGGAGUUCGAGCGCAUUGAAAAUGGUUCGGUUCUAUACUGUCGUAAAGACAGUGAAGGUCAAAACCAAAGCCUUCCUGAAGGGUUGGACAUUAUGACUAUGGUAGGAACUAUACUGUCGAUGGUAUCUGUACUCGCUGUAAUUACCACUUAUGUAGUUUUCCCAAAGCUCAGAAACAUGGCAGGAAAAUCAAUUCUCGCCCUGUCCGUUGCUCUCCUGAUGGUUUUCGUGUUAAUGUGUUUGGCAGUGAUCAGCAGCAAUAGCAAGGGCUUUUGUAAGGCAAUGUCAGCCGCAUCCCACUUCUUCUGGCUCUCAAUUUUCUUUUGGAUGAACGCGCUGGCUAUUGAUCUGAACCGUACGUUCGGGUCCCGUGCCAAGAUCCGCGUCGGCAGCAAAUCCCAGAUAUUCUACAUCUGGUACUCUCUCUAUUCCUGGGGAACGCCAGCUUUGAUUGUUGGCGCCUGUUUGACGAUUGAUCUUUGUGAGUGCACAGACCUGAGUUUUGAGUACGGAAGAGAAGGUUUGUGUUGGCUAUCCAGUGGUGAUGCCAAUUUGUAUGGUUUCGGCGUACCUCUAGCUGCGUUGCUGUUUUUCAACAUAAUUCUUUUCAGCGACACCGUCGUUGGUAUCCGACUCACAAAAAAGGCAUCCGAGAAGGCCCUCAAAGAAAGGCCAGCUCUAGCCAGAGCAAAGGAAGAACUUUCUCUUUAUAUCAAGCUUUCUAGUGUGAUGGGCUUCACUUGGAUCUUUUGCUUCGUCUGCGAGUAUGCCAACGUUCCAGAACUCUGGUACAUCUUCACCGCAGUCAACUCUCUCCAAGGGGUUUUCGUUUUCCUGGCAUUCGGUCUAAACAAGCGUGUGAUCGCUCUUUGGAAGGAAAAGUUGGGCAUCACACGGAAGGAUGCAAGCUCCAGCCAAGGCGACAGCAAAAGUACAAACACCAAGAACUCGACAAUCAACAAUACCAUGUAGCAUAUCCCUCACAGAAAACGUAUACCUGUCCCCGGUUAAGAAGUUUUAGUGCGAUUUGUUUUUCUUUACUUUAAGAUCGAAACAAGAGCUAAACUGAAACUGACAAAUCGAAACCUUAUAACGUGACUUUAUACCUUCUGGGCUCCGUAACAAAAAGGUUUGCGAUGAAUUGUAAAUAUGAAAGAACACUUUUGAUUGGUUCCUGGUCAGUAUUUUGCGCCAAAUUUGCGUGUAAACUUGAUCUUAAUUGGUCAGUUCAUUUAGCGAUUGAUCGCUAAUCUUUGUGUUACGGAGCCCAGGUUACACAUUUUUCUAAGUUUGUAAGUAGAAUAGAUGGACUAAUUUCGUGAUUUCUAGAUUACAGGUUCGAUAUUUUUAAAUUUGCAGAUGAAAAUUACAUUGGCAGUAUUUAUUAUUAAAAAUGAUAAUUACUUACAUUUUGAAGUUAGGUAGCAUGCUAAAUAAAAAAAUUAUACUUCAAGUUUAUUGCUAAGAUAGUGAUCAGAGUAAAGUCAUAUCGGCCUCAAGACGCAGCCUCAAGAAGCAGCCGAUGAUGACGUUAUAACGAUUCAAAAUCGAAAUCAAUAUCUUUCGUCCCAUGGGGACGAAUUGACUGGAAUUUCGAUAUUUAGUUAUUUUGAACGGCAGAUGCAAGCUAGACAUACGUCCUAUGCUGGGCAAACACUAAAGAACCGUAAUUACGAUGACAUAGUUUGUACAUGGUAAUAGCUCAGUUCAUUCUAAGUAAAAAUUAUCUUUAAUCAUUAAACUUUUGAUCCAAAUCGAGCCUCGACCUUACAUAUCAGUGGCAGAUCUAAAAAAAUGCCAGU